AGCAUCGGUAGUCAGCUUAACACGAUGGGACGAAUACCGCCUGCUCUGCGAAAGUUUGUUUAUUGAAUUCCGUCGUCGAUAGCAUCGUAGAUGAAUGAUAGUCCAAAAUCCAACGUCUCGUUGGGUAUUUUUGUGACAUCAGGGAGAGGGUAGCGUUGGAGAGAAAAGUUAGCAAAUCGCUUCAUUCCUGCAAUGGAUCGUCGAUAAAUAGAGGGGCCAGUAAAUUCUGCGGUAUUUGCAACGCGUUCAAGUGGAGAGAAAAGUUCGUCAAUUUGAUUGACUUCAUCUCUCAACACCCGAUCUGAUGGUCGGUGAAACAAUGUUUUUGAGCAUCGCGCUAUUUUUUACCCUGGUCGCGGGACUUCUUUACGGAUUGCACUACUCGAUUCAUGGAAGCAGGAAAGGUGAACUCGUCGAUAAAAUUCCUGGACCAUACGCUUGGCCGAUCAUUGGCAACAUUCUCACCUUCCAGGUACCCCUGGAUGAAUUAUGGAACCUGGUUCGUAAGUUGAACAGGGAUUAUUACCCCAUUCAUCGACUUUGGAGCAUCAGCGUUCCAGUCGUGACUGCUUAUCAUCCGGAUGACGUAGAGGUUUUAUUUUCAAAUGUACGGCACAUCGAAAAAAGUUUCAUAUACAAAUUUCUUCAUCCAUGGCUAGGAGCCGGUCUUCUAACCAGCACAGGGAAAAAAUGGCACGAACGAAGGAAAAUCCUCACGCCGGCUUUUCACUUCAACGUACUGCAACAAUUCGUGGCGAUUUUUAACGAGCAGAGCGAGAAGCUCGUGAAAUCGCUUUGCCUCGAGGGAGACGAAGUCGUCGACGAUCUCGUCCACCUUCUCCACAAAUUCACGCUCAACUCGAUUUGCGAAACCGCGAUGGGCGCGACGUCGGAGUUGAAUGGGCAAGUUCAGAACGAAUACAGAUCCUGCGUUUCGAAAAUGGGAGACAUAACGCUUUACCGAAUGCUAAGGCCUUGGUGGCACUUGGACUGGAUGUUCAAGUUUUCGCGAAAAUUCAAAGAACAAGUUCGAGCGCUCAAAGUUCUUCACGGUUUCUCGACAAAUAUUAUCAACGAGCGUAAACGAUAUCACGACGAGACCGGAGGUAGAUUUCUAAAAGGACUUGGCGGUGAUAGCGAGUGGAGUAUCUACGGCUUCGACGACGAAAAUGUCAAGGGCAAACGACGUUUGGCUAUGCUGGAUCUACUUAUCUCAUCUUCCAGGCGUGAAGACAGCAUAGACGACGAAGGAAUCAGAGAAGAAGUCGAUACUUUCGUAUUCGAGGGACACGACACGACCGCUAUGGCGCUAUGUUUCGCGCUAUUGCUGCUAGCCGAAAACAAACACAUUCAGGACAAAGCGAGAGCUGAAGUCGACGAAGUAUUCGAAGGAAAGAAAGACGAGAAAUUGUCAAUGCGCGAAGUCCAGGGCUUGGCCUACCUGGAAAGAUGCAUCAAAGAAUCUCUGCGAUUGUUUCCAAGUGUGCCGUUCGUAUCUCGUCACAUAUCCGAAGACCUGCAACUCAAGAACUAUUUGGUGCCCGGAGGGACGGUCGUUAACGUUCACAUUUACGACCUACACAGAGAUCCCAAUUUCUGGCCAGACCCUUUAGUCUUUGAUCCGGACAGAUUUUCACCCGAACAAUCGCAAGGACGUCAUCCGUUCGCCUUCGUGCCUUUCAGCGCGGGACCGCGAAACUGCAUCGGUCAGAAAUUUGCGAUGUUGGAGUUGAAGGUGCUGGUGGCGCAUUUCUUGCACAAUUUCUAUUUGGAGCCGCUCGAUUUUUCAUGUGAUGUAAAAAUCGUUUCCGACUUGGUCAUCCGGCUAACAAAACCUGUUCGCAUGAAAUUUGUCUCAAGAUCAGAGAAGAAUCAUGAUUAACUAUUCGUUGGCUAACUUCAAUAUUCAUCGAUAUCCCUUAACGACUCUUGUUUAUCACUUUCGUCUUAUUGAGUCCCAAUACGAAAUUUCUUGAUACGCCUCUACGGCAGCAUCCUGAUUAUUUGUCUGGCGAUUGCUGUUAUCUACCUGAUUCCGAGAACAGCAUCGAGUGAUUUUGAUACGCUAAACGGAGAUGAGCCGAUGGAAGAAGACGCUUGACUUCGAUGCGGAAAAUUCUUUUAUAUCUAAGAUACGUUUUUGAUUUGAAAUUAAGCCAAACAUUCGACGAAUGACCAGUUAUAAGAUUUUAACAUUCUGCGGUAACAGAGAAUAAUCUGAAAGCCAUAUAGAUUGAGUUCAACGCGAAGCCUUGGAUAUUACGAAUUUAUCAAUAAAGAGCACAAAUUUAAAAACCGAAAAGAGAGCAUAUGAGCGGGUCCACGUCACUUCA